GGGUCCCACACAUCAGCCCCAACCCGAGCACAAUGGGCCAAACCGCCUCAGCACCGCGACCAGGAACACAGCUCCAAGUGAUCGGAGCAGGCCUGCCUCGCACAGGGACCGCCUCAUUCAGCGCGGCGUUAAGCAUCCUCCUCGACGGCCCCGUCUACCACGGCGGCACGCAACUCACCCGCGGGCCACCGGGCGAGCUGAAAGCCUGGGUCCGGAUCCUCCGCUGCUGGCUAGCUGGCGGGGAGCAGCAGUGGGGGGAAUGUCAACGCCUUCUCCGACAUCAGCUCGACGGCUAUGCGGCCAUCACCGACGCCCCGGGCUGCCAGCUCCUCCCCGAGCUGAUGGCGCUCUACCCAGACGCCAAGGUCAUCUGCACGGUGCGCGACCCGGUUUCCUGGGAGAAGAGCAUGGCGCAGGUGCAUAGCUUCACGCGUCUGGGAUGUCUUAAGCUCCUCCUCCUCCCACUGCCGGGCAUGCGACACUUCGUGGAGUUCACCUGGCUGCUGCGCCGGCAGUGGUGCCGUCUCUAUGCGGACGAUCAGAGCCUGACCUCCGUCCAACAAGUCAGCGGCACGCUGAUUCACCGUGGCAUCUACGAGCGGCAUAUCGCCUGGCUGGAAGCUAACGUCCCCGCCGAUCGCGUGGUGUUCGUCGACGUGCGCGACGGAUGGGAGCCGCUGUGUCGCGCGCUGGGGAAGGAGGUCCAUCCCGAUAUUCCCUUCCCGCGGAUCAACGAUGCGGAUGCGAUUGCGCGCACCGGGCGCGAGUACAUCCGUCGCGCGAUGGUGCGGUGGGUUGGAAUUCUGGGUGUUGCUGGCACGGCGGUUCUUCUGGUUAGGCGAUGGAGGGGUUGA